AUGGAGCCCACGCAGAAUGCACUGCACACACCGACCAACAAGACCCCGCACGAGAGCCACUUUGGGCUUCCUUCGCCGUGGGAACACUAUUACCAGCCCAUCGAAACCGCGCCGCAGGGUCGCUUCGAAUGCGACCUCGAUGAAAUGGUCGUCUUUGGUGACGUACCUAGGGAGAUCAGCGGAACCUGGUAUCGCAUCCUCGUGGACCCUCACUUCUGCCCGCAGCCGGGAACCCCGUUCGUUGACGGAGACGGCCACGUCUGCGCGUUCAGAGUCCAGGAGGGAAGGAUAUCCAUGAAGAUCAAAUACAUACACACUGAGAGGUGGCUGCUGGAGCGCAAGGCAGGUCGUCGCCUGUUUGGCCGCUAUCGGAAUCCCUUUGACAUACACCCAUGUGUGCGAUACGCCAACGACAGCACGGGAAACACCAACAUUAUCUAUUGGGGUGGUAACCUUCUAGCCUUGGCUGAAAGGGGUCUACCGUACGCCCUGGACCCAGACACUCUCGAGACCAGGGGUGCGGAUCCCUUUGGGGGCCAGACAAUUGCAAAGACUUUUGCGGCGCAUCCCAAAGUUGACCCGCACAAGAACGAGCUUGUCACCUGGAGCUACUCUGCAAAGGGGCUCAGCACUCCUGAUAUCUGCACCUACUCUGUUGACACUCAGGGACGCAUCGCCAACGAGCAUUGGUUCAAACAAGACAAGCCUGGAUGGCCGCACGAUGGCUGGAUCACGGACAACUGGAUCAUUCUGUCCAACAUGCCCUUUGGGGUCACUAGCGACGAGGAGAUGCAGGCUGGCGGUGACUACUGGAAGUUCAUUCCUGAUCAGCCAUCCGAGUUCCUCGUGAGUCCACGCUACGCCAACACGCCGAGCCACCCAGACUGGAAGCCCGGCGAGUUCCGCAAGUACACCGGGCCGCACGGCCUCAUUAUCCACACCGGCAACGCGUGGGAGGAGGAAGGCGGGAUCUUGAAACUCGAGAGCCACUUCCUCAGCUUUAACGUGUUCCAUUUCUUCAAUCCCAAGGACUAUGAGAGCCCGCCGCCCAGUGGCGGCUGGCUGCGAUGGACGCUGGAUCUCUCCAGGCCCGACGGAACCGCGCUGCCACCACCGGAGACGCUGCUGACGGGCAUCUUCGACUUCCCCACCUUCGAUGAGAGAAUGACCGGUCGCAAAAGCAAGAUCCUGUAUUUGGGGGGCAUGGUGGCGCUGGAUGGAGGGUUCCGGCCUCAGUUCAACACGAUCAUCAGGUUCAACACGGAAACUGGCGAAAAAUCCACGUUUUACGCCGGGGAUGACGGUGGCGUGGCGGAACCGGCUUACAUUCCUCGGGGGCCGGACUGUGAGGAAGGCGACGGCUGGGUUAUAUUCUACAUGGAGAGAGACUCGUCGCCCAAGGGUGAACUGGUGAUCCUCGACACAAAGGACUUGUCCAAGCCCCUCGCCAUCGCGCAACUGCCCUUUAAGACGCGUAAUCAGGUCCAUGGGAACUGGGUGCCAAACCCUCACCCCGGUCAGCCCCUGCCCUUGAUGUCUGGUCCGAUCAAGGAUAUCAUCCCGAGCACAAAGUACUCCCAGCUGCAUAGGCUGCCUUAG